CGGGAAGCGAAAACUUCAAGGCUCUGGCCAGUGGCCAUUGGCCAACCAGGAGUGCUCGGGUGAGCCGCGGCCGGUACUAUCAACAGCUCCGGCGAGCCUAUAAAUACCGCAGCUCGCUUCCCGUUCUCUGCAUCCCACCAUCCUAUCCAGCACAACAGACCUGGUCGAUAAGCGAUAAUGGCUUCCACGUCGACCACCACCAUGUCCUCUCUUGCCUUGGUCCUCGCGUUGCUGCUCUCGAGCGGUGCUAUCGGCAGCGCGGCGCGGCAGCUGCAGGAGCUGCCGCCGUUGCCCAAGCCUGAGAUACCACCGAGGCCGGACCUGCCGCCGCUCCCCAAACCUGAGGAGCAGCCACCGUUGCCCAAGCCGGAGCUGCCGGUGCCACCGCAGCCCCUCCCGAAGCCGGAGCUGCCGGUGCCACCGCAGCCACUCCCCGUACCGCCGCAGCCCCUGCCCAAACCCGAGCUGCCGGUGCCACCGGAGCCCCUCCCAAAGCCGGAGCUCCCCGUCCCGCCGCAGCCCCUGCCCAAGCCGGAGGUGCCGGUGACACCGGAGCCCCUGCCCAAGCCCGAGCUCCCCGUCCCGCCGCAGCCCCUGCCCAAGCCCGAGCUCCCUGUCCCACCAGAGCCCCUCCCCAAGCCUGAGCUGCCGGUGCCACCGGAGCCCCUGCCCAAGCCUGAGCUCCCCGUGCCACCGCAGCCACUUCCCAAGCCGGAGCUGCCACCCCCGGUGCUGGCUGGCGAGCUUCCACCGAAGCCAUGAUCGAUGAGCUACGAGGACUUUACGGACGCACAUAUAUUGAUUGAUCGACACUGCGGAUUCAGAUAUAUACGAUAUAGAUAUGAUUUGCCUAUUUUCUAUUCCAUUUCUUGCUCAUUCGUGUGAGUGUUUGGUUUGAUUUGACGAGGUGUAAUAAUGUAUAUAGGUCGCGCAUCAGAAUUGCAGCGUGGAGUGUAUAUUGCCAUGCCAUCUGAUCCGUGACCGUGAUCUAUCUAUGUACUCUUGCUGAGAUCCAUAUGUACUGUAUAUAUAUCUAAUAAAUGGAUACGUUUGUAUAUGUGUACUUUACUUA